UGAAAGCUAAGAGUCCAGAUAAAAGCUCAGCUCCAACUCUGACUGAGAACCAGAUCCAGGAUGGGGGUUCAGGGUCUGUCCAGCUUCAUCAAGUCCCAUCCACAACUGUACAGGGAGAUCCGGUUCAGACAGAGCCGGCUGGUGAUCGACGGCUGCAACCUGAACUACCUGCUCUACUUCGGCUCAGGUCUGAACCAGAGACAUGGUGGCGAGUACGCUGCAUAUGAAAAGCUGAUUGAGAAGUUCGUCACAGCCCUCAGAGACUGCAACAUUUCACCAUUCGUGGUCCUGGAUGGAGGAGCAGGAAGCACAGACAACAAACUCAACACCUUGAUACAAAGAGCUGAAGACAAGAUCCAGAAAGCGCACCGAACAGCGCUGGGUGGUCAAGAAGACGUGUUACCACCGUUAAGCAUGCUGCUGUUCAGACAGACGCUGGUCCGCCUCAACGUCCCAGUGGCCAUGUGUUAUGGAGAAGCUGACCAAGAGAUUGCUGCCCUCGCCUUUGAAUGGCAGUGCCCAGUACUUUCCAACGACAGCGACUUCUACAUCUUCAACCUCCCAGCAGGGCUGCUGCCAGUUUCACAUUUCCAGUGGGAGGCAAUGAAUCAAAGCAGAACCCAGAAGUACAUCCCCUGUAAGAGCUACAAGAGUUCCAGCUUCUGCAUCUUCUUCAACAUCAAGCCUCAGGUUUUGCCCAUCUUUGCUGUCUUAACAGGAAAUGACUAUGUGAAAAUAGAGUCCCUCCUAUGUCAGUUUGCUCCUGCUGGCAGUGGAAAGGCAGCACAAAUUAAGGGGCUGAUCUACUGGUUGAGAAAGUUCCAGCAACCCAAGGAAGCUUUUAUGGCGCUAGAGCAGCUGCUGGGAAAUCUGAGCAGCAAUGAUAAGGCGGUGAUUCUGGACAGCCUGAUGGUGGGCAUGGAGGAGUACCAGCUUCCUUCCAGCUGCCUCAGAGCCUUCUUCACGGACGGGACAGUUCCUGCUCUGUCAGCCGGAGAACAAGUCCCAGACUGGAUCCGGAUUCCUCUAACAAAGGCCGAGCUGAGUGGCGAUGUGCUGGACAUCCUGCUGCUUCACAGAAUAAGCCUCGGCUACCCAGUGGACUGCGCCGACCUGCCCAGCGCUCACCUGACCUCCAGGCCACUACGCCAGCUGAUGUACGGGCUGCUGCUGGGUCCAGGCCAGCAGGUGGAGGAGAUGGACCGGGACGGGCUCCGGGUGAGGAAAGUCAGGGUCCACUCUGCGGUCACAGAGGACACCAAGUGGCUCCCGCUGCACUCGCUACAGGAGGUGGCGCACCCACUUCGUCUACAGGUGCUUCUGGGAGCUCUGGGAGUAAACAAGGAAUAUUUGAGCUGCCUGCCACUUCAGUGGCACCUCCCACUGGCCGUCACCUGCUACUGGCUGAAGUCGGCUGAACCACAACCAGAGACGAGGCUGCUGAAGGCGCUACUGAUGACGAUGAGCAACAGCUACGACCCAGUGUACCAACAAACUUGGAGCACUAAUUGUACGUGGGUGCUGGAUGUGGGCGUGGCUCACUCUUUGAAUCAGUGGCAGGCCUGCCUGAAGAACAGUAUUCACCUGAACCAGCUGCUGGGUUUCCCUUUACCUGAGCCUCAUAUUGCACGGUUGUACAAAGGGACGCUGGUCCACUGGAUGGUCCAUAGGAUGUCUCCAGGGAAAAAACUGAAACCAUAUCUGAAGUACAACCUCAGCAGCAUGAAGAUGUACAAAGUCCUGCUGGGAGUCGUGAACCGGUUUCAGAAUCAAAAGGCAUUGAUCUCUUCAAAGACCAAGAAGACGGUGAAGCCUCCACGGGUGCGUCCUGUGGAUGAUCUGAGCACCGGCCUGCAGAGGCUCUUCCUCCACGACAAGGACGAUGGGGAGACAGAAUCUGGAGCUGGCGGUGUGGGGAGCGCUGAUGAGGAUCUGGAUCACAUGGUGUCAGUGAAAACCCGCUACAGAGCCAAAGACCGGAAGGACCGGUCCAACAAUCCUGAACUGGUCCGCAAAAAAGAGUGCAGAGGCUGGAACCUGGUGUGAACCUGGAUCCAAGAACCAAGUCCAGGUUGGGUCAGCUCCAACAGCCCCGCCCCUGUGACAUCAUCAUGUACAAACGACAACAUUUAAAAUGAACUUCACUGUGGACAAACAAACCAAAAAGUUAAAAAGACAAAACCCACACCAGCUGAAAAUUGGAAAUAUUUUAUUGAUCGUCGUUCUCAUUUUGUAAUUAAAAAAAAGGUUGUGCUGUGUUGAUGUCAGAGUGUCUGUUUGAUGUUAACGCUCGUCUCUACUGAAUGCGACAUCCUGAUCAGCUUCUCUUUGAGCUCACAGUCCGUAAACACAGAGGGCCUGAUUUACGAGCGUCCUAAAUUACGGGGGCUUCUGCACGUUAGCGCCGUGAACAUUCUGAGGGUGAUGUACACAGAAUAACUGCACACAAGACAGCCGGCGGUAACGUGUUGCAGACAGUACAAUGUCGAGAAGGAUUCUGCACAUUAAUGACCGUACACUCAUUUUAACACCAAAAGUUAUUUACAGAAAAUUUAUCAAAUCAAAAAUGAACCUGCCUUGAAAAUGGUUUGUCUGCUAUUUCCAGUGUUGGGCACAGCUAGCCAAAAAGUUAGCUUUGAUAACCGUUAAUCCACUAACUGAAAAGUUAACUUGUAUAAAGCUAGACCGAUAAAUCCCUAAAAAAUUUUGCAGAAGUUACAGAUAAAAGCUAAACCAAUAACUUUCAGUACUGACAGCAGCUAGUGACACAACGAGUCAAGCGUUUGUGUCAGAUCAGCCUUCUCUCAGCAAAAGAGAGCUGGUCCCCAGAGAGAAGGGGGGGGGGGCAUAAUUUCUCUUCACACCAUACAGGCCUGCUGGUCAUUUCAUUGGAUUCGUG